UUGACUAGUCUAGUUAGUUGCUUCGAGUAAACAAAAUGAUUUGCAUUAAAAUACCGACGUUAAUGCUCAGCUGGAUUGUGCUAGUUUGGUCCAAAGUGAUCGUCGACGUGAACGAAGAGGUUUUCAACUGUGAAAAUUCCCUCCCCAAUUCGGCCGUUGAUUUUUCCGAUCUCGAGUACGAGCUGGACGACAAAGAUGAGCUGACUUUGAACGGGCAGAUUCGCGUGAACGAGGAUUAUGAAGCGCCGAUUGGGCUCAACUUCUACACCCGUCAUCUGGAGCACGGCAAGUGGAACGUGGGACUUUUCAGCACGAUGGUGAAGGAUUUCUGUCCGGAUUUGCUCAAUCCAACGAAGCCGUGGUACUUUAUCACGAAAACGCUGAAUCAAACGCAGUGUCCUUACAAAAAAGGGCACAUUGAAAUUUUGGACCACAUGCGGUACGGUACCUAUGGAGCCAUUAUUCCAUUUAACAUGCUUGGUGAAUGGAAGUUUUUCUUUGAAAUAAGCGCGAAGCGCAACGGAGCUCUGAUUAAGGAGUGUAACAUGCUGAGAGUUUUCCUAACAGACGGUUGAAUUGUGAAUUUUUUUAUAGCAUAAAUGUUGUAAAGAAUGGGGCGUUUUUUGCUGUAAUGUAAAAAAAUGUUUUUUUUUUUUAA